AUGCACGCCAACGCUCUCCUUUCCACCCUGGCCCUUGCGGCUUCCGCCUCGGCGACUUUCAACCUUAGCACGUCGCCCUGCGGCCGCGUCUUCGCUGUAAAGGAGGAUUCGAUCUUCACGGACUGGCCGACCGGAGGCCACGACGUCAAGAUGACCAAGAUCUCCGCCGAUAGCCCGUCCAUCUUCCGCUUCAAGGUGGCCCUGCUGAGCAACGCAACCAACUUCGUCGAGCUGUACAGGGAGUCCGUGACCCAGGGCAAGGUCGACCUGUGCUUGUCCCAAAUCCCCGGCAAGACGGAGGCCGAGUGGAUUGGCCAGAAGGCCAUCUUCCAGCUGUCGCAGUAUAUCGGCAACGGGGUGUACAACUACCAGUGCGCCGCUAUCCGCUUUGUCGAGGGCGAGCAGGCACCGUCGGACUGCCAUCCCGAGACAGCCCCUGUAUCGACGACGAGCACCUCCCUGACCCGCCAUAGCGGGGUGCCGAAGUUCACGCACCGACACUGGUCCAACGGCACUAGCAGCACGACCAGAGACGCCAUGCCGACUGCUGGCACGGGGAUCGCGGUUGCGCCCGGUAGCGGUGGCGCCUUGGUGAAUGCUUCUCAGGGUACUGGAGUCGCCGUUGCACCCGGUAGUGGUGGCGUCAGGGUGACUGGUGCUCAUGGAUCUGGAGUCGCCUUGUCGACUGGCUCUGGUAUGCUCUCGCCGUCUGGGGACAGCAAGUCUAGCCCGAGUGCCAGCGCCAGUACGAGUGCGUUUACUACCUUCGAGCCUGUUAUUGCUGCUGCGAGUCGGGCUGAGUUGGUUGGGUAUGCUUCGGUGACCGCCGCGAUGGCUGUCGUGCUGGGUUUGCUCUUCAUGUAA